AUGUCGGACAGUCAGUCAGUGAUGUUCAAUAUCACUAAAAGAAAUAGACUAACAUCUCCCAGAAGCAAUUUUAAAUAUGCCAGUUUUAAAGACACAUGUUGCACUUCAGUAUUUCUGGACAGCAGAAGCAAUGAGUCAGUAAAAGACCCUGAUGUAGAACAUAAAGAAGCACUGAGUGUAACAAGUUUAUCAUUGCUACAAGAGCGUUCUGAGCAGAUUCAUCCAAAUGCCCUCUUUCCUGUGUCAUCUAUUGAAAAUGAAAUGAAUUCUAUCUCCUUAUCAGAAAGAAGAGAAGGAAAUAGAAGUGCAGAUUUUUUUGAAACUCCUAAAGUGGGUAGAAAAGGCCCCUCACUACGCAAGAGGCUGCUUUUAUCUAAGACUGUUCCAGCGGGUGCAACUGUGGGAUGCUAUGAAAGACAAGCCAGUUCCUCAGGAAGCAGCAGGAAAAGUAUAUUCUCUUGUGUUUUGAGCUCCGAAGAACAACUUUCACAAACUGCUUCAGAUUCUCCAAAAGAUAAAAAUCUGACAACUAGCAGUUCAAAAACAGAGGAGGCUAAUCCCGAUUGUCCAAAGCGGAGACUCUCCUUUUCACAACAAAGGACUUCUACGCUAGAUGAGUCCAAAUGUAAGGACCCCUUAUUACUAGAACCAGAAUGUUUAUCUCCAAUUCAGUGUAAGGAUGUUAUUGUUAGUAACACUAACGAAUUCAGUAAAAGUGUCCUUAUGAGUGUUAGUGAUGGGUUGCUUAGAACUCCUACUUACAGUGUACUACCUGAGGCCAAUGAGGGUAAGUUCCUGACUUCUAUCAACAGUCUUGUAGAGAACUUUAACUUUGAAAUAUGUGAUAUAAAUUCUCCCCCUGUUAAGCUGGCAAGUUACCCAGAUCUUUCAACACCUGAGGAUAGUGGAUAUAAUUCACUUCAUUUGGACAAAUCGGGAGACUCAUUUUCUGAUCAUGAUGGAUCUUUUCAACAGUUCUUCCAAAAACGCAAAGAAGGUUCCAAAAUUCUGGAUAGUAAAAGAAAGACAAGAAAACUUGAACGAGUUAGAAGGUUAUCCACUCUUCGGGAACAAGGCUCACAGUCAGAGACAGAAGAUCAUCAUGGCAGUCCUUCUCAUUCUGCAUGUAUGUUAACAGAAGAAAGAAACUUUGUCAGUGAAGACUGUGCAUUAGUUUCAGAAGAACAGUCUAGUGGAGACCUAGUUGUAAGUCACGAAGAUCUCUCAAGAACUCCAGCUCUGAGAGUAGUUCAUGAAAUUUGCUUGCAAAGACAAAGAUCAGACCAAAAUCAAAUAUUGGAGAAUAUUGAUGGAACAGAAAUAUUUACAUUAGAACAUGUUCUUGCUGGACUUAUUGGCAAGAAAAUGGGCCUUGAAAAAUUAGAUAUUUUAACAGAAUUAAAAUACAGAAAUUUAAACCAUGUUCUUGCUAUAGUUUUAAAUGCUUUGACAGUGGAAAGUCUAUGCAGCAUUUGGAAAGUAAGCAAAAACUGGCGUGAAAUUAUUGUACAAGAUAGAAGUGCAGAUAAGAGGAGAAAGUUGUACAUAAAACACCUGACAGAAGAAGCUGGGGAAUAUUUCUUGAAAGCUGAAGAUGCUGCCACAAGACUUAAUGUUCUCAAUAGAUCUGCUCUAAGGCCUGUUCAAGCUCAAGCCAGAACUCCUGUGGUACAAACACCACCUUCGUACACUGAACUUACACCCAGGAGAUGCAGUUCUGUUCCCCAUUCAACGAGUAGACAGGAGGAAUACAUAAAAGUUGCUAAAAGUCUGUUGACUGAUGAAGCUCUAAAACCCUGUCCAAGAUGUCAAUAUCCUGCUAAAUAUCAAUUGGUAAAGAAAUGGGGACUAUGUAGCAGAGAGACAUGUGCAUUUGAGUUCUGUAUCUUAUGUUUGCAUGCUUUCCAUGGGUCAAACGAAUGUAAUAGUUUAUCUGCAAAACGGAAGAACAAAAAAGAUGCUCCUCCAGGAAGUGCCCAAAGCAAAAGAAAUUUAAAAAGACUCUAA